AUGGCUGGUUUCAGUUUGAUUAAUUUGGUUAGUCCAAUUUUACCAAUUUUACCAGAAGUUGAAGUACCAUUUGAAAAAAUUCCAUUUGAUGAUAAAAUUGUUUACACAAUUAGUUGUGGUUUAAUUUAUUUAUUGAGUCAAUUCCCAUUAGCUGGUAUUGCAAAAGAACCAACUACUGUUUUGGAUCCAAUAUAUUUCUUACGUGGUGUUUUUGCUGCGGAACCAAAAACAUUAUUGGAAUUUGGUGUUUAUCCAAUUAUUUCAAGUGCUUUGAUCUUACAAUUGCUUGCAGGUUUAAAAAUAAUUAAGGUUAACUUUAAAGUUGAUAAAGAUAGAGAAUUAUUUCAAAGUUUAACUAAAUUAUUUGCCAUUGUACAAUACUUCAUCUUAGCUAACAUCUUCAUCUUCUCGGGUUACUAUGGUUUUGAUUUAACUCCUGUUCAAAUCUUAGUAUUAAACUUACAGUUGGUUGGUGCUGGUGUUUUCGCAACUUUGUUAGCUGAAGUCAUCGACAAAGGUUUCGGUUUUGCCUCUGGUAUUAUGGCAAUUAAUACUUUAGUCAUUGCUACUAACUUUGUUGCUGAUAUCUUCGGUGUUACUCAAAUCAAGGUUGAUGAAGAAGGUCAUACUGAACCACAAGGUUCUUUGAUCAACUUAAUCCAAGGUUUCAGAGCUAAGCACAGAACUAUUUUAGAAAGUGUUGUUAAUUCUUUCAACAGAGACUACUUGCCAAAUUUGACUUCU